UACUUUUUGAGCUACAUUGCAUAUAAGAAACUAUGGCUUCAAGAAGAUGGCUUCAAUCUUACUAUUCGCUUCAAAUGUCGACAGCUUACGAUGUCCUGUCUGAGUUUUGUGUAUUAUCCAAUCGUUGGAGCGACAGUGUCUGUGCUUCGUCCAUGUGAUGAUGACAAAGGAGUGCGUUUCAUGCCUAAAACGCCCUGGAUAGACUGCAGCAGUGCGACUUACCAGAUACUUACCACAAUGGGCUGGGUUUCUGUUGUCAUCUAUAUCAUUGGUUAUCCUGCCAUGCUCUUUAUUCUGAUGAAGAUCUUUUAUAAGAAGAGGGAUUUCAUGAAUGGAAAGGAAAAGGAAAACUUGGAUUCUUGGCUUGGUUCAGUGUAUUUGCCAUUCAAACAAGAAUAUCAGGCGUACUUUGAGUUCGUCCUUGUUCUUCGUCGUCUGUUGCUGGCCGUUUCAUUAUCUGUUCUUGCAUCCAUGAAGUCGACACAAUCGUUGGCUGUUAGCUUGAUUCUUAUAAUUUCUGCCAUGAUUCAGCUUCGUCUCCAGCCAUACGACAGCACCAGAAACAACGUCAAUUGCCGUGAUCGUCGAAUGCGCCAUAACAAUGUCUAUGACAUUGACAGCGACCAUGAACAUGACCAUAACAAUGRCAAUGACCAUAACAAUGACAAUGACCAUGACAAUGACCAUAACAAUGACAAUGACUAUGUUGGCAUCUMUCGACAGGUUGUUCGGAGUUCCGGUUGUGUGGAUUGUGAUGGUCGUCAAUGGCUGUCUUUUGAUAGUUUUAGUAUCUUUCAUCUUUUGUCAAGUAUUGGGUCUCAAUCCUAG